GUCUCGGGGGCCUGGUCAGAGGAAGUUUGCUCGGUGAUGGUACCGUGCUGCUGAACGAAACUUUUCUCCCCCGAGCGCGAGCGGCACCGUGGAUCGAAACGGACGGAUCCAGCGGCGGAGGAAGCUUUUGUUUCCUCGCCACACCAGCUGUACUGAGUAAGGAAUAACUUGAGGUUGGGAGGGGAAAAAGGGGGGGAUCGCAGAGGAAUUUCACUCCCACAACCAAGCCCCCCGUUUUCUUCUCUUCCCCGCGCCUCCUCCGGUUUUUUUUCCCUGGGAUCCGCGAUGGGGAAGGAGCAGGAACUUCUUGACGCGGCGCGGACGGGAAACCUGGCCGCAGUGGAGAAGCUUUUAUCUGGGAAGCGACAGUCCGCUGGCACGGGCAGCGGGUCGUCUGGGACCGGUGGAAGCGGCAACAGCGGCGGGCACGGCGCCUCCUCUCAUCCGCUCUCCAGCCUGCUCAGCAUCUGGAGAGGCCCCAAUGUGAACUGUGUGGACAGCACUGGAUACUCCCCUCUCCACCACGCCGCUCUGAAUGGACACAGCGAGGUUGUGGAGGCGCUGCUACGAAACGAGGCCUUGACUAACAUCGCAGACAACAAGGGCUGCUACCCGCUCCACCUGGCCGCGUGGAAGGGUGAUGAACAUAUCGUCAAACUGCUCAUUCACCAAGGACCCUCACACCCUAAACUCAAUGAGCAGAGCUCUGUAGACCAUAAAGAGUUCAAACGCUGUGGGCCCUUUGACCCCUAUAUUAAUGCCAAGAACAAUGACAACGAGACGCCGUUGCACUGUGCCGCCCAGUAUGGCCACUCUCAAGUGGUGCGGCUGCUGCUGGAGGAGCUGACAGACCCCACGAUGAGGAACAACAAGUUUGAGACCCCUCUGGACCUUGCUGCCCUGUACGGGCGCCUGGAGGUGGUCAAGCUGCUUCUUAGCGCCCAUCCAAACCUGCUCAGCUGCAACACCAAGAAACACACGCCGCUGCACCUGGCCUCUCGGAACGGCCACCUGCCUGUGGUGGAGGUGCUGCUGGACGCCGGCAUGGACAUCAACUAUGAGACAGAAAAAGGCAGUGCUCUCCAUGAAGCAGCGUUGUUUGGAAAGACAGAUGUGGUGCAGAAACUUCUCAGUGCAGGCAUCGACGUGAAUAUCGUGGAUAAGAAGGGCUUGACAGCGCUGGACAUUGUCAAAGACAUGCCCUCUCAGAAGAGCAGAGAGAUCGCUGCUCUGAUCUUGGGUCACAUGAGUGGAAAACCCCCUGAUAUUGACCUUCCUCCUCCGCCAAUCCCUCCGCCUCAGGAGAGUCCCAGCCCCAGGAAAAAGGGUGAUCUGGAGAAGGUGAGCGAGUUGAUCUCUGGGCUGGCCCCGGGGCCUGAGGAGGAGAGCCCGUACGAGGCUCUGUUUGAAGCCACUUCCUGUCACUCUCUGGACAGCCUCACCAGUGGCAAAUCCUCUGACAGGGACUCAGGACGGCCGGACAGUGAAGCUGGGAAGAAAGAGCGUCUGGUCCACCCAUCAUAUCCUGGUCCUGGUCAUGAAGAAGAGGCCCUCUUUACAAACAGCAGCAUAGAUGAGAGAGGCGAGCGGUUGGAGGAGGAAGAGGAGGAUCACACGUAUGAGUUGUUGCUGACGGCACAGACCAAAGUCCCACCGCCAAGCCAGGAGUCACAUUCCAAUGAAAAAACCACUACACAGUCUUCCAACAGUGUCCUACCUCAGCGUAAACCCACUGCCCCAAAUGACCUCAGAGCCCCCAGCAAGACGAAAGACUCCCUCCACCUUCCAGGACGGUUGGGCCGACGAUCUUCAGGAGACAACUCCCAGAGCCAGGAUCAAGGAGCAGGUGUCCCGGAGCAGUUCACCGGCCUCCUGCACGGAUCCUCUCCUGUCUUCGACUGUCGCGAGGAGCCCUUCAGGCUUCCAGGUGUCCAGCCAGAAACAAGAAAACCUGCCAAAGCAGUGGAGGAAGUAGCAAAAGCAGGAGCAGCUGCACCAGCACCGAGCCGUCCCAGCAUGGCCGCCAUCCUGACAGACUGUGAUCCAAAAGCCAUUUAUGCCACUGUGAACAAGGAGCCCAGGGACUCAGGGGCCGGGGCUGCUGUUAGGAUGCGUCCUCCUGGGGACCUGAAGCUGGCACGGAGCCUCUCCAAGUCUGACUCGGACCUGCUCGUGUCACCUCCUAGUGAGGAGGACGGGGGAUUGGGAAACCGGAGCGAGUCUGUUUCUAAUUGUAGCACAGGAAAGAAGAGGCUGGAGAAGUCUCCGUCUUUCACCUCAGAAUGGGAUGAGAUCGAGAAGAUCAUGACGCUGAUUGGCGCUGGCAUCGAUUUCUCCAGAGAUCAGCAGUAUGCCACACCAGGUGCCGCGGGCCGGCUGCUGGACCAGCCUGUGGGGGAUUGGCUGGAGCACGUGGGGCUGCCGCAGUACGAGAGCAAACUACUCCUGAAUGGUUUCGAUGACCUGCACUACAUGGGGAGCAAUGUGAUGGAGGACCAGGACCUGAGAGAGAUUGGCAUCACCGAUCCAAGCCACAGAAAGAAAAUUCUUCAUGCAGCGCGUUCGUUACCUAAGGUGAAAGCUCUGGGUUGUGAUGGCAGCAGCUCCCUCUCCUCUUGGCUGGAGAAUCUGGGCCUGCACGAGUACUUGCACAACUUCCUGGCCAGCGGCUACCGCUCUCUGGACUGUGUCAAAAACCUGUGGGAGCUGGAGAUUGUCAACGUGCUAAAGAUUUCCCUACUUGGUCACAGGAAACGCAUCAUUGCUUCGUUAGCAGAAAGACCCUACGAGGAGCCUCCAGUGAAACCUCCACGACUGUCUCAGAUCAGGUGUCAAGACCUUCCUGGAUCCCAGUCUUCGUCCCCUCUCAGUCAAAUGGAGUCAUACUCUGGACGCUCGAUGGACCCUCUGCUGCCUGCUGGAGAGUCAGGCAGGAAGAAAGUUCAGGAAAGCGACUAUGAUGUUAGCCAAAGAUAUCGUGGUGAACGACACAGAUCACAUGAAAGGUAUGAAGAGCGGCAUCGAGAGCCUCGUCUGACCCUCCGGCCGCCCAGCCUUGCAGCGCCAUACGCACCAGUCCAGAACUGGCACCAUCAGCCUGAGAAGCUCAUCUUUGAAUCCUGCGCCUAUGAAGCAAAUUACCUCGGUUCCAUGCUUAUCAAGGAUCUCCGGGGUACAGAGUCCACGCAGGAUGCCUGUGCCAAAAUGCGGAGGUCGACAGAACAAAUGAGAAAAGUCCCCACCAUCGUCCUCUCCAUCACCUACAAGGGUGUGAAGUUCAUCGAUGCAGCAAAUAAGAACAUCAUCGCUGAGCAUGAAAUCCGUAACAUAUCAUGUGCAGCCCAGGAUCCAGAGGACUUGUGCACAUUUGCUUAUAUCACAAAGGACCUGCAAACCAGCCAUCACUACUGCCACGUGUUCAGCACAGUUGACGUGAAUCUGACCUAUGAGAUCAUACUGACCCUCGGCCAGGCGUUUGAGGUGGCCUAUCAGCUGGCUCUGCAGGCACAGAGGACCAAACAGCACCAGAACCUCCCAGUGGGACCCGGUUCAGAUAUUAUUGAGACCAAGUCCAGCCGACCUGUGCCAAGACCACGAGGCAGUGUACGCAAGUCAGCGGACUCUCCUCCUCUCGACAGUCGUUGCUGUUACUGUUACACCUGCACCACCCACCGUCCCUCCUUCCUACCGCUGCACUCUGCCAGCUCUGCUGCACAGGUGCUGCCUUCACAUCCUCCUACUCUGGCGCCCCCUAGUGUGGAUUUAAGAGAAACACAAGAAUGCUCACAAUUACAAGAAGCUUAUUCUGGGGAUCUCGUCGAACAGGAGGGCGACUCUCAGUCCCAGGGCAGCACUACGUGGCUAGUGGACCCAAAGGAUUCCAAGCGCACUAUCAGCACUAAGUAUGAGACUACCAUAUUCUGAGUGGAGCCCUCUUCUUCCUGACCUCUGGGCUUGGUUUCACCUUCCUCUUCCUCCUCCCUCUGUGUGCCUUUCACUGUGACUCUGCCUCUCUCUCUGAGCUGGACCCCUGCCCUCCUUCCCACCCGGCCUGCAUUCACUCACAUCCUGAAAAACAACACAACCAUGGACGACUUAACCACCUCCACUUUUUGUUGAUUAUCAAUUCAGCUCUUCCACUUUAUUAACCCUCCUCCAGCCUGCCACUCACCUUCACCACUCUGUCCUCUUUGUUUACCUUGAAUGCUUCCUGAACUCUUCACACAAUGCUUCCUUUUCUUCUCCUCCGUCAACAUCACGCUAUUGACUUUUGGUGAUAAGCUCUUUUUUUCUUGGUGCUUUUCCUGCUCUACUAGGCGACGGCCACUCUGAGGCUUUUCACUCUGAUCUUUCGACUCUUCUGACUUCUCCGAGCGCUGAGAGAAAAUCUGAUUUUCCUGCAGCUGAGAGCGACCCACCGCACACAUCCUGUACCUGGAUGGACACGUUUCCUGAGGAAACUGAGAAUCUGUUUCAGUAAAUCUGGACUAUAGCGGACUGUUCAGAGGUUGCGGUGUUGAAGGUGUUACACAGGAUUAACUAGGGGCGAUAUUUCUCGCUGUCAGCUGUCUGCUCAAGCCAAAGGAGGCUAUGAUCCUAGCACUGUGAUAAGGUCCUUUUGGAGCUAAUAAAGAAAGCAUUUUAGGGGGAUUUUCUAGCAAGUAAGGACCAGCAUGUUAGUGGUCCUUGCUAGACCUCCUCAUGACUUGUAGCCCUCCUCUGUCUGUCAAUCAGAGCAAAAAAGAAAGCUUCAUCUGGGGUGAACUAACUAAACUAAGCACUUUUAUCAAACCCCAGAGUGUGAAAGAUUAAGUGCAUCUUUUUCAUCUCUGUCCUGUCUCUUUUUUCUUUUCUUUAUUUCACAACAAAUGCCUUCUCUGUUCUUCUGUCAGCAUUGCCUUUUCUUUUGCCAAUCACGCUGGGUUAAUAUGUCACGGCUGCUGGUGAAAAGAGUUAAUCAUUGUACUAAGGGAGGGGUUGGGGCAAUCCAUCACCAUUAUUCUGUUUGUGUCCAUUAGUCCAGUGUUUUAUUUUGACUUCAUUUAACCUCACUGCAUUGUGUGUGCGUGUGUUUUGUGUCCCUUCCCCUAUAGCUGAACACUGUGGCCACUACCAGCCAAUAAGAAAAGGACAGAAAAUCUGCCCUGUUGCAUUCUGGGUAGGAUUUUUGAACUCCACAUCCAGUGCAGCAGAUUGCACCAACAGUUGGAUCAUCACAGUAGAACACAGGACCUGGAGACCUGGGAGACGGAGGUUAAUUUGACCUCACUGAAUUCAACACUGCACCCACACUCCUCCAUUGAACCUUUUAUCCAACAGAAAGUGAUGGUUUUUAAGCCAGUUGCCUCAGUACACAUUUAAGUAAUUGGUCAACAAGGGCAAAAUCAUUUCCCAUUGAGAGGUGUUAGGGCUCCAGAUUCAGAAUUGAUUCAAACUCAUAAUCACAAAGACAAGUCAUUAACCAAUACAACAGCCCAAAACUGAAUUCAAAUCAGCAAAUUCAUGCAAAGUCAAAAAAGCAAACAAAUGUAGCAGUGAAGCUGCAAACACGGUCUUCAUCGUAGACUGUAUUACAACAUGAAUGUGAAAUGUUUUCAUGGUGCAUUUUCAUGUGCUGCCCGUGUGCUUUGAAAGAUUCAUAUUGAUACCAUGGUGGCAUGAUAUCUGGUGUACGUGUCUGUUGAUUCGCACUGCGUUUUCUGCCCACUAGCUCUGCUUAUCCUGUUUUUGUUGCCAUCAACAGAAAUCCUUUCAUCCCCCUAUUAUGCCUCCAAUUAGUCUAUCAGCACCCAUCUGUAUCAAGGGGGAACUUUGUAGCUGAGCAGAAGCAUACAUCAUGAUGGAGAUGCUGACUCUAAGUUAGCCUGACACUCCAAAUAGUUGUAUUUCUUUGGAACAGGCAAAACUUUUGUUAAAAAAAAAAUCUAAGGGUGGACAAAUGGGCUGUCAGUCACAUUCAUUAAAGGACAAUUAGAGCGACAAGAAGUACAAUUUAGGAGGCAUGCAAAGCCCUGUUGUUGUUAGCGAUCAGUGGAGCUAGUUGGUAUAUCGAACUCAUGCCGAAGCAGAGCAAAAACAUCUCUUCCGUCAAGAAAUACUUUUAGCGUGGUUCUUUUCUUUUAAUCAAGAAAUGUUGUCCAGUUCAGUUGAAUCUGCCACUAUAGCUACAUCCGAGCCAAUCACCUCACCGGCAGCCAUUGUUAACAGGCUUCCAGUGCAGCUGAACCUCACCCAUAGCUGCCGCCUCGUUCUCUUCAAAUGAUGUGGACUUGUCCGGUCUAGACCUAGCAAGAUUAUUUUAGCUUGAAGCUUUGUGAGAUGGAUCUACCUGAUAACAGACAUAACAAGUAGCCAAUCCACUGGCUUUGCAAAGUUUCCCUUACCCCCCGUCAUUCUCUAACCAACAAAAAUAAGGACCGAUGUUAAGCCUCCUGGCAAGCCCAACCAUAACUGGCAUCUUAAUUAUAAAAAUGUAUGAAAACUUUUUGGGUUGAAGAAAUCAAACGAGGAUGUUCUCGGUUAUCUAUGUCCCUGUUUAGCUAAACAACCAUUUAAAUUGUGUUUAACUGACUAGUCUAAAGAAGAAAAAAUACUUAGAAAACAGUUAAAUCCCUCAUAGUUUUUAUUUUUUCAGCAGGUAUGAUGUGGGCCUGAGAUUAGCUAACAUUAGCAGCUAGCUCCAACAGCCAUAGUUCCUCUUUGCAGAUUAAUAUCGGAUCCUAAAUGUGGCUUCUUUUCAUGUUGGUUAAGAAGUUAUUUGUGAGUAUAACCCACAUACCACUUUAUUUCAGUUUUCUAAUUAAAAAAAAACACUGUCGUUCCGUUUCAUUUAGUGGUAGCAGCCAUUAACUGAAGCUACAGAGGCUACUAGUGGCAGGAGGCUUUAUUACAAUUUUAAAAAGGUGGGUCUUUCGGUUUGUGUUUAUAACAAUGAUAGAUAACUAGUUUAACUGACUUGUUAGCCAGCCUUUUUUGAAACAAAACACCUGAUUUAAACAAAAUCCCCCAGAAUGUCUAUUACUAAAGUUAGGAGGUAUCUACUAAAAUUGUUUUUUGAACAGGGCCAUAAACAUGUUUAUUUCUGCUUCUAAAAUGGGCAUUUCAGCAUUAAAGGUAAUGGAGAUUCUUUGGCUUUUCAGCCAGACCCAAGUGGACACUUUAGGAACUGCAGUUUUUUUUUUUUUACACUUCCCUAUAGCUUCAUUUUUCACCUGGCAAAUAGAAGUCAUCCAGGCCUGUAGGGGGUGCUCAUUUAGACUGGGUUUUAGUGCAGCAUAUUUUCUAGAAAAAAAAUACGUUUUCUACCUGAUAUUAGAUUUUGCCCUUGUUGGCUGUUGUAUCAAAGCGUUCUCUUCCAGGAAAUGUAGCUUCAGUGUUGUAGAGCAGAACUUUAAUUUCAAAGGGGAAACUUUUUUUUGUAACUCUAUAAUGGUACAAACUAACAGAAGAAGACCUCACACUGUAGGUACACACUCCUUUCUGCAGCAACACUUUGUAGCAUCUCUUUAUGACCAUCAGCCUUUUACCACAAUUACACAAACAACUGUGAUCAACAAUGAAAUCUUGCACGGGAGGAACUCUUUAGCCAAACUUAAAGGGCAGAGGAGCUGACACUACAAAGACUGUUUUAUAAUAGUAAUAAUAAUGAUAAUAUAGCAGGGGCGGCUUUUAUUUGAUUUGAAAGUGUUCUCUUCUUUUGUAUUUUUUAUUGUUUUAUAGGACAAUUGUGCGUCCAAAUGCUGUAACUGGAUCAGGUGUGGUCCACUGCAGUUCUCCCUCUCCAUCCCUGCUCCUUUUGUCCCAUUAAUCCAGACAAGAUUAAUCACCAAACCUGCCAUGCAGGCUGCUCCGUCUUUAGAUUUUAGCUGCAGAACAGAACAAUAAGACACAGAGCUUGUUUCUCCUAGCUAACUCCCUGUACGUCGACUGUUAAUGGUACUUUUUUGUUCAUUUGUUUGAUGUGUAUAUGGGUACAUAUGAUUUAACUGUUGUGUAUGUGGUACGUUGUCAGGCCAGUACGAUAACUCUAUGGUACACUGUCUUCAGCUAGCUGCUGUCGGCACCUUCAGACAUCAGCUUGGGUCCCGUUCUGCUUUUGCACAUUGCUGAGGAUCAGGAGAGAUAUUAUCGGGACGGAUCUGAUGACGUCAGUGAUGAGAAUGAUAUUGUACAUGAAUCUAGCGGUCUGUAUUUUGAUACUUGAAUGAACUUUUGCUUUUAUAGAUAUCUAUAUAUAUAUGUAUAUGUAUGUAUGUACGUAUGUAAUUUUUGACGUAUGUCAAAAGAGAGAAAAGGACUAUGUCUUAUAAAGUUAAACAUAUCGUGAAUAAAUACCCUGUGAUUUAAAAAAAAGGCUGAGAUAACAAUGACUCAGAAGAGGGACCUCACUUCAGAAAAAAAGAUUGUAAAUAAUCUUGGGCUUCCAGUCUUUUUUAUGAUUAUUUUCAUAACUGUACAACUAAUAAAUGGCGCGAUUAGA